UGACUAGCGGAGGGGGUGUUGCCAGCACGAAAUUGCUUUACCUUCCUUAAUUCUUCGUUUUAGUUCUAUCUCCUACGGUCUUUUUCCUUUCUUUCUCCUUUGUGCAAGAGAAUUUCAUCAUCUGCCGUAUUAACGCAACGAUUGAGAGAUGGACUGGAUUUACUGCUGCUCCAGGGCGACGGAGAGCGAAGACGAUUCUAAAGACACAGAAUGCAUUUUACCUGACAGCGACACUGAUGAACCAUCAGGAGGUGUCGUUCCUGCAACUGACUCGGAUUCUCCGCGUUCAGCCUUGGAUAAGCUUAGUAUAUCUGUUUCUUCAUCUCGUUCCUCUUCUGAUGGAUCUCUCCACGAGUCGCGUCCCCCUGAUCUCUCUCCCCCCACUCCAACGGGGGGUCUCGCAGUCUCUCCUUGUGUCGUAGAUGGCCAUUCUCCUUCCUCCUCUGUUUCAGUGUUUGGUCCAGUUCCUUCUCAUCCCACUGUAGUUUCCACACCUGUUGGUCCCCCUCCCAUUUUUUCCCACACAGAGCCUCUUCUUCUUGAAUCCGGUCAGUCGGUUCCCCUCUCAUGCUCUACACCUAUUUCUCUCACUUCUCACACCACCGAGUCUUGCUCCUUUUCCUCCGCACUUGACUUUCUCCAUUCUCCACCUUCCAUCACUUCUGCGGAGGUCAAAUCUCCCUCUCUCGGAAAACCUGACUUAGAUCCUUCGUUGCCCACCUCAACUGGGUCUUCCUCAUCCCCAAGUCCUCCUGUAGUAGCUCCGUCAGCCUCGCCAACUCAUACGUCCUUAGCUCAAAGCCCUUUACCAAGACGACCCAAUCCUGCUCUCCCAAUGCCUGGCGCAGUUAAACUAUCUACCUCUGGUGCCCCGCAGUCUGGUCUCUUUCAAUCUUUUGCUCAGGCACCUGUUUCCCCGGUAUGCAAUCAGUGUGCACGGGCAUCAUGUUUAUAUAAUAAGCCAGGUCGUUUAUGCACUAUAUUCGACCAGAGAUAUGUUUACAUUGGCCAUAGAGAUUCCUUUAUCUUGGUGGAACUGAAAAGGCGGGUAUCAUGCGGGCUCACUUUAGGAACAAGAUUAGUGUGGAAAAAAGGUAAGCCUCAUCUCCUCUCAGACCUCGCUGACGGAGCCCAGGUAGUCUGUGAUGCCCUUUCACUGCCUGAUACCCAUGGGUUCCAUGCCUUACUCAUCUGGCAGGGGAAUAAACCUAAUUUGAUUACGGAACCAACGGAGGAAAGAGAGGUCAUGGUGUUACAAAGACAUGAUGUGCGAGUGACGGGUAUAGAAGCCAGUGAAGUCGGUGGAGGGAGUGUUGAUGUCGACUUUAAGGGCAAGUCAAUUAAAGUCAAAUUUGCAGAAGAAGUUGUAUUUGUAGAUGGACAGAAGUCAAACACCAGUGAUAUUAUUACGUCAUUCUACAAGUUCACCUGUAGUGUUUUUGCUACACUUCAUGAGGCACUUGGAGGGGGCAGUGGAGAAACUUUAUCUUACGUCUGUUCAUGUGUCUGGACAGGCACACGACCCCCAGCAAACCUGUUGGUCAAGGUAGAGCAAGGAGAUGUUUUUAAGAAAAAUGAAAAUGGGACCUAUGAAAAGACUAGUGCCUCACAAAGUGUAUACUGUGAUCUUCCUGCAGUACUGAAGACGUCAGAGCAGGGUAAAAAAAUUAUAUUUCGCUCAGUGGAUGAAGUCAGACAUUUGCCUAUUAGGAACGAAGACAUUUUUUAUGAAAGUGAAAGAGAAGUCUCUCCCUUACCAUCAGAAAUUGCUGUCCUGGCUCAUAUUUUGAGACUUGAAGGGGCGAAUAGAACUUGUGCUCUGAAGGUUAUCGGAGUUCAUCUACCAAGUGAAAAUACAAAAAGAGCUGGAAUUUCUUGCAAAUCACAGGAAACCAAGAAAGUGUUGACCUCAGUGUCGGGGACCAAAGAAAUCUCCAGACAGUCAGAGAGUGAAGUGAAUCAGUUUGUGGAUCACGAGAAGAAUGAAACUCAAAAAAGGGAAAACAACCAAACAGAACAUGACCAAAAAGAAGAAAAAACACAUUUAGAAAACAAUCAACAUAAAGGUAAGCUUCAACCAGAAAAGGAAGUCGAUUCCAUUCAUGUGAAGGAAAGCAUUCUUCAGAAAAAGACGGUUACAGAGGAAGAGCAUAAAGGGAAAGAUAUCUGUGUUGAAGACUGCAUCUGGCACUACGGAAGCAUCUCCCAAGGCAUCGCAAAGACGCCUCAGAAAUCGAUACUCAUUACCUAUGACGUUCUCUAUGUGAAUGGCCAAAGGAUAUCUGCUACGGACACUGUGGCAAAGUAUUCCGAAAAGGGAAGUACAGUGAGUGUGGCAACAGUGCCACUGGUGUCUCCCUCUCAGGUUCUAGGAGUCACCGUGACCCACAAGGCUCUCGCAGCAUGGGAGGGAGCCAAACCCGAGUGCGUGGAGGAGAUAAUCAAGGCAUACGCAUCUGGAAGCCAUGUCCAGCCAGGCACGGGGGUCGUCCCUGAGACAAAAAUAGAGAGGAGUGUCACUUGUGAUCGAGUAACAAAUUCUGCUCCAUCUCUGCACCAGGAUCAUCAUGCCACAUCUGAAAAGCUGGCAAAAUCUAGUUGUGUCGAAUAUAUUGCCGGAUAUCGUUGGAAAAUUGCAAGUAUAUCUCAGGCACUUAUCUACAAAAAAGACAGAGUAGUUCUCGUCAAACAUGAAGUGUUUUUUGUCGACAAGAAUAGAGUACCAAAUACUGACCCCAUGUCAAAAUUCGUAGGUAAAGAAGGUAAAGAGAGUUUUGUGAAUGCACUGGUGGUUCCGGUGUCAUCCCCACAGGUCAUUUCAGGUCAGAACGUCACUCACGAGGCGCUGGUGGCAUGGUGUGGGAAAAAGCCUAGUGAGGCAGACAACUACGUGGCAAAAUACUCAGUGGAAAAAAGCAAACUCCCUCAUGCUCCAAGCACCCCUGUGAAGACAUCUUCCCUUCAAGAAAUAAGAACUACAACAGCCCUGCCAAACCUUAGAGAUACAAAGACACUUUCGACAGAGAAGAUGAACGUUCCCAGGAAAGACGAUACUAAGGCAAGUGUUAAGGCUACAACUGCCAAUAAUUCAUCAAAUAAGAAGCUGACUACAAAGAGCGAAAAACCGGGCCCGACAAUCGCAAGUAAAAAAGUCCCCGGCAACCAGACGAAGAAGAAGGCUCCUCCCAGACACGCCCAAGGGAAGCUGCACAGGGUCGUCGGGGAUCAUGGCAUCCUGGAGGUCCGCUGCAAAGGCGUGGAAGGAGAAAGAGCAAUGGUGGCGUUCCAUCGCUCAGUGACCUUCCUCCAUCAGCAGAAAGUCGAUCAAAAGAAGUGCUUGGAGAAGCAGCUCUCCCCACACCAGGCCGUUGACUUCUUUUGUUAUAUUGAAAGCCAUGACAUGAACAUGGGAGGUGUCGCCUGCCAGUUCAAGGCUACGCUGGUGUGGUUGGGAAAGAAGCCGAAGACUGAUACAAACCGGGAUGCAGAAGCUCAUGUUAGUAAGAGUCAAAAUACGAAAAAAAACAACGUAGGCCCUGGUGUCCUAAGGCUUCAGAAUGCGGCCGGCGCUGUCGCUCAUGCCUCGGGCCAGGCGGCAGUUCUGAAGGUGAGGAAUGCGGCCUUGGAGGGCGGAGUGGCUCUCGUCUUCGUCCGCAGUUCGGACGUCUACGUCAACCAAAGGAAAAUCGAGAGCGCGAACGAAAUGUCCAGACAUCACAUUUGGCAGUGCAACAUUAGAGCCUGGAAGACCCCUGGCACUCCCGUGGAGGGCUUCGUGUGCCACUUCAAGGCUGAGCUGGCUUGGGUGGGGAAGAUGCCAAAGAAGGAUGCCGGGGUGGGCAGCGCAGACAGCUCGCAGAAGGGGCCUGAGAAGGCUAAGAAAAGCCCCGCCCUACCUCUGCUACCCACGCCGGGGCCUCCACGGAUCCCAAAUGCCCAGACUGCCCUCGUGAGUGUGCAGGACCAGAGGGCAGUGCUAAGAGUGACCAAAAAGAAAGGACCGUCAUUCUACGCCUCCGGCCACUACACCGACGCCUACGUCCUUCAGGAGAGAGUGCAGAGGCCAGGCGACAUGCUCCGACAUCCCAGGUGGAACUGCGACCUGAGGAAGUGCGAGCAGCUGAGCCUCUCCGCCGACGGCUUCGUGUUGGAGUACGAGGUGGAGCUGGCGUGGGUCGGGAAGAAGCCGGGCCGGGCGGAGGGGGGGGAGGCGCCGGGGGAGGAGGCGACGGAGGAGGAGGCGCUGGAAUUCCUUCCGACUAUGUACGAAGACCUGUUUCCUGUCAUCGACCUGGAAGACGACAGCAAGAUCGUUAAUCUGUGAUACUGACAGACAGCUUGUUUGACCCGAGGCACCCACUCGGAUCCCAGACGCGGUUCUCAAUCGUGCGUCUGUUUGCUACUUCGAGUCCAGUCUUGCUUCGAAGGACAGUUCUUUCUCUCUCUCUUUCCCUUUCUUUUUCUCUUUCUCUUUCUCUCUUAUUCUCUCUCUCUUAUUCUCUCUCUCUCUCUCUCUCUCUCUCUCUCUCUCUCUCUCUCUCUCUCUCUCUCUCUCUCUCUCUCUCUCUCUCUGUUGGAUUGAAUAGUAGGCUGUUUAUGAAGAUUUAUGCAAAUCGCUAUAUUUUUAAGUAAUAAAAAAAUAAAUGCA